CGGUGGGAGUAACAUCGAUUUCUUCAACCAACUAUAACAUACGCAAUUCCUUCAAUCUUCACCCACAAUAAUCGCAACUCAUCCAGAUUCUAGACUGAGGACGAGCGGCGACGGCGAUGGCGAUGGAUUCCAAUCGUUUACCUCGAUUCUUCUCUCUUCUCCUUUUCGCCGCUGCCGUCCUCUUCGCUCCUGCUCUCGCCGAAAUCCGGUCUACAACGAUUCGUUCCGACGCCCGAUCCAUUAUCCCUUUCGACGAGUUCGGAUUUACGCAUCGCGGUCACCUCGAUCUCAGUCUCUCCAGCAUCGUUUUCUCUAACCCUAACGCCGAUUUGACGCAGGUUGGAUUCUUCCUCACCACUCGUGAGUCCUGGUACCACGUUCUCGAACAACUAAAUCAAGGUGAAAUCGGCUGUUCCGUCCAAUCGGAAUUCGUCAAACGAGUGUUCACAUUCGACCAGAUCAAAGGUGAUUCAUUCGAUACCAGCUUUAACGUAUCCGAUUCCAAUCAAUUGACACUUGUAUUCGGUAAUUGCGUCCGUGAUCUGAAAAUCUCAAUGAAUGUCUACUCAAGCAUGUACAAUCUGGACACUAAAUCCGGACAACGCGAUUAUUUAUCCGCGGGUAAAACUAGUCUACCCUGGAUCUACUUCUUGUUGUUCAUAACCUACGUUGCGAUUGCCGUCGCUUGGAUUUACGUACUCUAUUCUAAGUUGUUGUCGGUUUAUAGAAUCCAUUUCUUUAUGCUGGCUGUUGUUCUCCUAAAAGCAUUGAAUCUUGUAUGUGAGGCCGAGGAUAAAUCAUACAUUAAGAGAACCGGUACUGCCCACGGUUGGGAUAUUCUGUUCUACAUCUUUAGCUUCUUGAAAGGUAUCACUUUGUUCACAUUGAUUGUGUUGAUUGGCACUGGUUGGUCUUUUUUGAAACCAUACUUACAAGAUAAAGAAAAGAAGGUGUUGAUGAUUGUGAUACCUUUGCAAGUGAUUGCAAAUGUUGCCCAGGUUGUGAUUGAUGAAACAGGUCCAUUUGGGCAAGAUUCUUAUACAUGGAAGCAAGUGUUUUUGCUUGUCGACGUGAUUUGUUGUUGUGCAGUUCUGUUCCCGAUCGUUUGGUCUAUUAAGAACUUGAGAGAAGCUGCUAGGACGGAUGGGAAGGCUGCGGUUAACUUGAUGAAAUUGACGUUGUUUAGGCAAUACUACAUCAUUGUUAUCUGUUACAUUUAUUUCACUAGGGUUGUAGUUUAUGCUUUGGAGACUAUCACAUCUUAUCGUUAUCAAUGGACCAGUAUUUUGGCUGCCGAGUUAGCUACACUGGCUUUCUAUGUUUUCACUGGCUAUAACUUCAUGCCCAAAGCUCACAAUCCAUACUUUGCUAUUGAUGAUGAAGAGGAGGAAGCUGCAGCAGAGGCCUUGAAGCUUGAAGAUGAAUUUGAACUGUGAUAUUUUCUAUGUGAACUGAGUUUCUAUCUGUUUAUUUUAUUUAGGAAUAUGUUUAUUAUCUGUUAUUUGUGUUGUUUUCUAUCUUUUUAUAGAUACUAAAUUGUGAUUACCAUAUUUUGUGUAUUGAAACAGAUGGUAAGUAUUAUUAUUAGAAGGAGACACUUUUUAUU